AGCAGAGAGGAUCUGUGUGAGCAGUCAUGGACGGGAGUCUGUUUGUGCUGCUGCUGCUGCUGUCAGGGCUCUUCUGGAGCAGUUCUGCUCUUUCUCGUCAGUACCACUAUAUAAAUUUGAGAAUGUCGUGGCCAGAGGCUCAGAGUUACUGCAGAGAGAAGUAUACUGACCUGGCUACUGUAGACACCAUGGAUGAUGUGAACAGGCUGGUAAAUAUAGUGGAUGCUGGAUACAGCGGAUCUGUGUGGAUUGGACUGAAGAGAGGGACACAGAAACGCUGGGCUUGGUCUAAUGGAGAAGAAAAAUUUUCUCCGUACUCUAACUGGGCUUCAGGAGAGCCAAAUGAGAAUGCAUCUUGUGCAGCUUAUUUUUUCGGGGUCUGGUAUGAUAUUGCAUGUAGCCAUGGACGAUAUUUUACAUGCUACAAGGGUGAGUUCCCUGUUCUUUUAAAUUUAUUGAGCAGUUUAACUGGGAAAGAAGAGCUAUAAACUGAUUCUUUUUUUCUCUCAUUAGAAAAUAAUGGAUACGUUAUGAUUCAAAGUGCUAAAAACUGGAGUGAUGCUCAGAGCUACUGCAGACAGUAUUACACAGAUCUGCCCUCCAUCCACAACUCUAAAGAAAAUAACCAGAUAACUCGGGUUGUGUUCUAUGGAUAUUACACCUGGUUUGGUCUGUUCCAGGACUCUUGGGAAUGGUCUGACAAAUGGAGCCGCUUCUUUAGAAACUGGGCAGCAGGUCAACCAUCCCAGAGUUCAGGAUCUGGUGACUGUGUCGGCAUGUCAAGGAAAGAUUCUGGGAAAUGGGCCCAUGAAAGCUGUGAUCUGGAGUAUCCUUUUAUCUGCCAUGGAUGUAAGCAACUAACAAAUUAGAGCAUGUUAGACAGAAUGACUAUCAUUUCAUGUUCUGAAGUAUUGUGCAUUAUUUAACAGUGAGUGAGUACAAACACAACAAUAUGCUGAUUACUAUUAAAAAAAAAAUCUUUCUAAAAACCUGACACUUAG